GUUGGAGAAGAAUGUGUUAUAUCCUAGUGAAGAUUAAAUGACGAGUAACUUCUGAAAUAUGGAAUGACCGACUCUUGUUAGGCCUUUCAAGGUCGCGGAAACGAAACGGCGGGUGACUUUGUAAGUAAGUAACUUUUACCGUGCCCCAAUGAUUAAGAGUCAUCUCAUCGCCCAGACGUGUCAGAUAUUUGGAAUUCAGGCAACACACUACCUUGUACCAUCCGGGAGGUAAUAGCCUGAUGGAAAGAACAAACAGGAUCACUUGUAGCGUGUUGGGACUAUGCCUGUAGUUUCAACCCCACGGAAAUUUCGAGGUUUUUGUGUCAUUUCCCCAAUUUUUUCAGGGCAGAUUUCCCAAGACUUCCAAAAAGCUGCUGACAUCCUCCCCAAAAUUGAUAGAUUGGUCAAUACUGUCAAAAUCUAGGGCUUGUGUUACAUCUGGUUGUUUUUCAUUCUUUGAUUAAUGUAAAUUCAUUGUGUGCUCCUAAUGGGUUGUGAGCUCACCGUUCCAUCUGUUCCUCAUUCUUCACUCACACUUCUCUGCAUGUGUUUCUAGUACACAAAGUACUUUCUCGUUAGACGCCAACUGCCACACUACUAGAGCUCUUUUAUUAUUGUUUGUCAGUAAGUCGUCGACUGGAUGUUGGGAUGUUGCAAUAUCUCUUAGCUUAUUGCACAUCAAUACAUUGGGUCCACAGGGUCCCGACAUGCUACCUAACGUUUCGGGAAUGAACUACGUUUAAAGUGGGGUCCCGUAUUUCUCAUCGAGUAGUCAGUGACUGGGACGCCUUACCCAAACACGUAUUAGCCCAAUCAGUGAAUAUUUUCAAAGAAAAGCUGGACCUGCAUUGGAAGGCAGUCUGUCAGGAUUAACACAGGCUCACCAGACUACUGUCCUUAUUACUGAAGUCCUGUUGAGAUACGAAUACCCUUUUUAAACCCCGCCCGCCACCAACUUUUACGGUGUACCAUCAGAAGGUAUGGCAUAUCCGUGUGCGCAACUAAGCAGUGAGGAUGGUGCCUCACCGAGGGACAAGGUAGUAUAACUUGAAAGUUACUGCGUUCAAUGUGAUUCAUGUGAAUCUGUUUUCCUAUUUCAGGGCAACAAAGGGUAAAUGUUCUGGUAGAAAAAGGACUAGGCUUAUGCAAACUGGAUUUGCGGAUGAUGUACGAGACUACUUUGUAAAUAGGCUUUCCCUUUUAUAACAAUGGAGUUGUCCGAGUUUUCGAAAUAUAUACAUAGUUGCUGGUACUCCAUGUUCUUUCUCCUCGGACAUUCAAUGAUUCCAGUUUGUUUGCUGUUGUUUUUAGAUCUACCUUGCCUUCAAAUAAACGCCGACAACGCGGUACAGUAAAUUAAAGCACGUUAAUAGAUUUUUACAAUGCUGUCUGCGAGGGAUUUUUAUCGCUUCGAGAAACUAAACAGUCAGGGCAAACUUAAAAGCUCAGAAGAAGGUAUGUCACUGACUGAAAAAUUAAUUAGAUCAUUGGAUACACUAAAUAGCCCUUGCAGUGUAAAUGGAAUUUCAAAACCCUUAACCUCCGAAACAUCAAAUCGACUAAACGAAAAAAAUAAUACUAGAAAGAAACGAAGGCGAAGCAAGCGUAAAUUCUUGGAAAAAGAUGGGUCUUGUGCAACAGAUGUUGGUUCUUCUAAAACUAAAGAUCUUGAAUUCAGUUUAAACACUGCAGAUGUAACUUCUGAAUCUGAUCAGGAAUUUCAAAAUUUACAUGCAAAGAAACAAAAGUGUGAUCCUAAACAGGGAUUAAGCAGUAAUACGAUUGCUGAAAAAGAUUGUAUACAAUCUCCCAAAAACGAUCUUUUGAAUGCCUCAUUCCGCCCUGAUACUUUGUCGGUAUCUUCGAAACAGAUUACCAGUAGCCUAAAUCCUUUGAAACAAGGUGAACAGUUACUCAAAGAAAUACUGGAGCCCGUUGCGUUAGAAGAAUUUUUCAGAGUAAAUUAUCAAAAAACCCCAUUACAUAUCAAACGGUCCAGUUCAAAAUGUGGUGAAUGGUUGAAUUAUUCUUUUGUGAAAAAAUUGUUGGACAAGGAAUUUCUCUUUUUUGGACAACAUGUGGAUUUAAUCGAAGACAAAAUUCUGAAACAUGAAAUUGUUAACCCAUUUGGCCGAGCAUUUGCUGGAACUGUAUGGGAGCAUUAUUCUCAAGGAAAAGGAUUGCGUUUUCACAACCUUCAAACAUUCUCCAGAAGUCUCCGCUUUCGUGUAGGUCUUCUGCAAGAGUAUUUCGGUUGUAAUUUCACCGUCACUGCUUACUUGCUACCGUCGAAAUCGACUGAAUUAUCCUUCAGUCAGUUGGACCACGAUUUGUUUAUUUCGCAGCAAGAAGGUUCACAAAAUUUUCAAAUUACAAGUAAUAAAACAAACUUGAAAGGUCAAAACAAAAGCGUUAUGUUGGUGAAGUUAAAACCGGGAGAUUUAAUUUAUAUUCCUAAAGGAUUCGCUUACACUAUGUCACAUACUAACAAAAAUAAUAAUAAGCAUACACUACAUCUUUGCAUCAGUUUUAAUCAAAAAUAUAAUUGGGGCGAUUAUCUAUCUGAAUUGUUACCAAUUAUGAUGAAGAAUGCUGUGGAAAAUGAUCCAGAAUUUGAUAAACCGCUUCCUCUUAAUUCUUUCAAACAUCUUGGAAUAUUUUUUAAUAAAGAUGCAGCGAAUAAACAUGCAAUUGAAUUUGAAAAAGAAUUUCGUGUACAAACUAUUCAACUGUUAAAACGUUUAAUUAGUAAAAUUGAACAACGUCAAACAUUUCCAAUUCGAAGAAUAAAAACUAUAUCUCAGUCGAGUCAUGAAAACCAUCAAUCUUCUUCUGCUCCUUUCUCAUUGUCAACAAUGACAGUGGAUGCAGUAUCAACUGGCAAAGAAAUUAAUUCCACAAAACAACAACAACCUAAUACUUAUGAUAAUUUGUUUAUUCAAUCAAUUGAUCCUUUAUAUUUGGCAAUUGACAAAAUGAUGUUGAAAAUAAUGAGAGAAAGUUGUGCACUCGAGUUGAGUGAAGAUGAACUAAUACGUUCGAUUUUCAAACACGAAAGUGACAAAUCGAAUCAAUUAACUAUUCAUAGUAAAAUUCGUUUGAUUCGUUCAACAGCGAUUCGAUUAAUGUUGACUUAUUUUGAAAAUAAACAAUCUGAUACUGUCGUUGAUGAUAAUACUCUCAAUAGACAGCAUUCUAUGAUUCCUUCAUUCAUGGUAUAUCAUUCUUUAAAUAAUCAAGGCAAUAAUACUGAUAGUAAUGCAAAUGUAGGAAUUGGUUUUCACAAGAAAUUUCUUAUCGCCCUCACCCAUCUCAUUCGUAAAUAUCCUGUGUUCAUCCCUGUUAGUGGUUUGCCAUUGGAAAAACAUACAGAUUGUUUGAAUGUAGCAAUUACAUUUUACAAAUUAGGAUUUAUUAUUACAGAACAUAAACUACAUCAAAUUAAUGAUGACGAUGAUGAGAAUAUUACCAUUGGAGAAUCUAAUGUAGAUAAUGUCAAUGUAUCUAAUUCACAUCAUGAUUCUAAAUCUGAGAUAGACAAAAUGCUGAAACAUCGUUUAUCAUUAGUCAAAAAUAUUAAAGGUGCAAAAAUUAAUUGUGGAUUGAUCGGUUUAGAGAAAGUUAAAGAUGACCAGUGUCCCAUUGAUGAUAAUGACGAAGACAACUUAACUGAUAAUGAUGAUGACGACGACGACGAUUGUAUCAUAACUGAAAAUUAAGAAAAAUGAUUUUUUUUUGGUGUAUAGAAGGAGUUGUACAUUUUUCGAUUGCUGUAUAUUCAAAACGAAAAGUUGAACAACGAGUACAUCUCAUUAAAGAAUAAAUAUUAUACUAUCAUG